AUGGAUACCACUAUGAGCUUUUCACAGAACAUGGACGAUGAAUAUGAGAAAUUCAUUAGAAGAAUGAACCCACCCAGAGUUGUAAUUGAUAACGAGUCCUGCAAAAAUGCUACUGUUAUACAGGUGGACAGUGCUAACAAAUAUGGAAUUCUUUUGGAAGUAGUGCAAGUCCUUACUGAUCUUAACCUUAUCGUUACUAAAGCUUACAUAUGCUCUGAUGGAGGAUGGUUCAUGGAUGUCUUCAAUGUUACUGAUCAAGAAGGGAGCAAAAUCAUAGAUGAUGGAAUUCUGGAGUUUAUUGAGAAGUCUCUCGGGCCAGAUUCGUGUUUUGCUUCCUCCAUGAGAAGAUCUGUUGGGGUUAAAUCGUCUGUGGACCACUCUUCAAUUGAGUUAAUAGGCAGUGACAGGCCGGGGCUACUCUCUGAGGUGAGUGCUGUCCUCACCCACCUCAAAUGUAAUGUGGUGAAUGCUGAGGUGUGGACCCACAACUCCCGUGCUGCAGCUGUGAUGCAAGUUACUGAUGAGGAAACCGGGGCUGCAAUCACUGACACAGAGAGGCUAUCUAUGAUCAAGAAACUAUUAUGCAAUGUACUUAAGGGAAGCAACAAAUCCAGAGAGGCUAAGACUGUGGUCUCUCAUGGGGUCACACACACAGAGCGAAGGCUUCAUCAGAUGAUGUUUGCUGAUCGAGACUAUGAACGGGGUAGUGAUGAAGGCUUGGAUGAAAGAGAAAGGCCAGAUGUGAAUGUAGUUAAUUGGCAUGACAAAGAUUACUCUGUAAUCACAAUCAGAUGCAAGGAUAGGCCUAAACUUCUCUUUGAUAUAAUAUGCACUUUGACAGACAUGCAGUAUGUGGUUUUCCAUGGCAGUGUCGAUGCUGAGGGGCCAGAAGCUCAUCAGGAAUACUGUAUCAGACAUGUAGAUGGAUCCCCUGUGAAAUCAGAUGCAGAGAGACAAAGAGUUGUCCAAUGUCUUCAAGCUGCAAUAGAAAGAAGAGUAUCUGAAGGAUUGAAGCUAGAACUAUGCACUACUGACAGAGUUGGGCUGCUAUCUGAUGUUACUCGAAUCUUCCGCGAGAAUAGCCUCACUGUCACCAGAGCAGAAGUGACAACUAGAACUGGUAAAGCUGUUAACACAUUCUAUGUUCGUGAUGCAUCAGGGUAUCCUGUUGAUGCCAAGAUUAUAGAUUCCAUUCGGCAAGCAAUUGGGCAAACCAUACUCCAAGUGAAAGGCACUCCUGAAGAGUUAAAUCAAGCUCCUCAAGAAUCUCCAACCAAGUUUCUCUUUGGUGGUCUCUUUAAGUCCAGAUCUUUCGUUAAUUUUGGCUUGGUUAGAUCCUAUUCUUGACUUAGUACCUUAGCUUCCUCCGCAUGUAUAUACAUUCCCCUCCACUUCAACCAUUACUACAGUACUGUUAUCAGCCUUAUUUGGUUGUAUGGCCCUUAAUUUAGUACCACACGCAGCCAUGUUUUGAGGUUAGGAAUUUGUAGAAAUGGCGCAGUGCCUGUAAAUAUGCCCCCAUUUGCUGUCGUACCCUUUAUUUGUUUGGACAGAUCCAACACCACGUUGGUUCCUCGAGAGCAAAGAUGGAAGAUCUUGAUCAUGCUGAAAAAAAUCGUGUCAAGAUCAGAUCAUUGUGCAGUUCAAUUUUCUACCUUCUAAUCUUGUGGCAUCAUUAGGAGUCAAAAUGUUUUUCAUUAUUUUGUUAUAUUAGUCAAGAGUGAGCUGUUGUAAUCUUUUGGUGUUCGUGGCCAGACAUUG